UUAAUGUAGCAACAGAUAGACUAGAAACGAGAGAUCGGAAAUUUGAAAACGAAUUAUGAUAGAUCUAAAUCUAUCGAAUAUAAAUGUAUUUUUAGUUAAAAAAUAACAACUUGACAUUUUAAAAUUUGAUUUGCUAUAAAAUGAAUAACAGCUCAAACUUAUUGUGGAAUAUAAAAUAACAAAAAACAUCAAGCGGCUAAACUUCGCUUCUAUCGAAAAUAGGACAGGUUAGUCGAGUGCCAACAAGUUGCACAAAUGAAAACAACAAAAGUGACAAGACAAGCUCAGAAAAUGACUUCUGACUGCAAAAGCAUCUUAAUUUUCAUAUGAACAUAAUGAGUCUUACAUUUUCUCAGUCAAAUAUGCAAGACCCAGAUAUUACUUUAUUAAUAACUCAGAAUCAAACAUUGGCUGCUGAGUUAGCUCAGUGUCAGGCUGAUAAAGAAUUUGUUUGGUCCUUAUGGAAGAAACUUCAGGCCUCUAAUCCAGAUCUCACAGAUGCUAUAGGUUUAGUGACACAAAGGGAAAAAGAGAAAUCGGAAACCAAAGAUCGUAAAGUUUUGGAAAUAAUACAAGUUAAAGAUGAUCGCAUUGAAGAAUUACAGAAUAUUGUCACAAAACAAGCAGAAGAGAUUAGCAGUGUCCUGUCUAAAAAAGUAGAACUGACAGAAAAGUUAGCCAGACAACAGCUGGAGAAUGAGAAUCUUCAUGAAAAGCUUAACUUAUUGGAACACCAGAUGACUAGUGAGGUCAAGAAAGAAAAAGAUUUAGAAGAGACUUACAGAAAGAAUUUAGAGAGUCUAGAAAAAGAAAAAUUUGAGUUGACACGUAAAGUGGCUAGAUUGACUGCAGAUCUUGAUAUUGCUAAAUCAGAAAGAACAUAUGCUUUGAACAGACAGAAAAUUUUAGAAGAGAGAAUCAAGACUUUAGAAAAAGAAGUCUCUGAUAAAAUGUGUAAGUUUCAAGAUUUAGUUCAAGAGGUGGAAGACUCAACUGUAAGACUGACUCGAUAUGAAUCAGUCACAUCACAACAGCGUAGAGAUUUGGACUUUAAAAAUCAGGAAUUGGAAAAUGUGAGGAAAGAACUGAAAGAAUUGUGGAUGGCACAUAACCAGCUGACGGAACACUCUGGUCAACAGGCUGACCUGAUAAGACAGCUUCAGUCAUUGCAGCAAGAUACACAGAAAAUGUUGAAAAACCAAGAAGAUGCUUUCUCUAUGGAGAACACUUCAUUACAACAGAUGUUUACUGACAUCAACACCAGGUACGAAGCAGCCAAAAGAAUAGAGUCUGAAUUAAGACAGCAAGUGUUGGAACUGAAGAAGAAUCUCAUGGACAAAGAAGACAUGAUUUCAUCAUUGCAAUCUCAAGUGACUCUAAACCAAAGAUCACAGAAGGACCCAGAAUAUAGUGGCAGCUUUCUAGACAUAGUGCAGGAAGUUGAUAGGCUGAGCCCAAGAGACUCCAGUCAAAGGCACAACAGAUGCAGAUCACUCACUCGUCGUCCUCUACCUGAUUUGACUAACAAAGAUAAUGAGCAGACAUUAAGGUCAAGGUCUUUAUCGCCUCCUCCUGUUGAUGGUGAACCCAGAAUAGAAGCAGUGGACGUUAAAAAAGUGGCACAACUACAAAAAGAAUUGUUGGUUAAGACUAAACAAGUGGAAGAACUGAGACGAGCUCAUGACAACAGGUUGCAUAGAUUCCAAGACUUGCAGGCUAGUUACAAGUUGGCAAGAGAAGAAAUUAAAACUCUGGAGUUUGGCAGUAAGUCAAAACCCAAGAAAAUCAAAAGAGCAGACCCAAGAUCCCUGCAGAAAGAAAACAGUGAUGAAGUGUGGAACGAGCUGACAUUUUUCAAGACAGAAAAUAGAAGUCUCCACAUUGAGAAGAUGUCAUUACAAGAAGAAGUUGAUCUUCUGAGAGUCCAGGCUGCACAGGAUGAUGUCACUGUUCAUGAACUCAGAAUAGCCUUGCAAGCACAGAAUGAAGAGUUUGACUUCCGCCUGCGUCAGUUGUACCGUGAAAACAAUGACAUUAAAGAAGCUGAAAAACAAAUAGCAUUUGUGAAAACUCAAAUACAGAACAAAAUUUUGCUAAUUGAAAAACUAGAGAGAGAUUUGAUGAAUGCUGUCUCCCAGAGAGAUGAUAUAGCUCAAGAGAAAAGUAAACUCAUGUCUCAGCUUGUUGCCACCCAGCAGGAGGCAUCCAAUCAUAGGAUGGAACUUGCAGAUGUCAGACAUCAACUUCAAUGUGCCUUGCACCAGCUAGAAGAAAUGCAACAGAUAGUUGCCCAGUCUGGAAAGAAAACUUGCAUUCCUCAAGAUGACAAUUCUGACAUUGCAUAUGCUGUGGCAGCAAACAUACAGUCCAAGAAGAUCAACUCUCUCAGAGAAACAGACCUAUGCCAUAUUGACAGUCCAGAAAGCAGUACUGUUAAAGACAUAAUCGAAGAUGAUUGGGAGGAAAGACUGUCAUCAGAUGAAAGUGAUUUAGAUACAGAUGACUUCAACAAAACAUGCAGUAGAAAGUGUGCACGAGUUAAACACUCUCUGGACAAAAGGUUGACUAAUGGAAUCAAUAAAAGAAUUAAAUCUGGUCAGAGAAAGUCCUCAUCAAAAGAAAAGUCAGAUGAAAAGAAAGACAAGUCACCUGGAAUAAGAGACCAGUCACCUGCCUUGAGAGACCAGUCACCUGGAAGAAGAGAUAGGUCACCAGGCAAAACUGAGAUUACUUCAGACGCAGGCUCCAGGAGAGACUGUGCUACCUCACCAAUAACCUUUAUUUCUGCGACUGCAAAUAUUUCCUCCAACAUCUCGAAAUCGUUGUCUUCCAAGCACAGAGCUGGUUAUGUGAUAGUGUUGAACCGCAAGGCAAGGAAAGCGGCAGAGUCUAAACAGAUUGUCAACUUGCAGCAGCGUGUGGCUCACCUUCUGAAUCAAGUAGAUCUCUUGAAGAAAGCAAAAGUAGUGGCAGCUGCAAGGGAAGGCAACCUUCAAGAUACUGUCACUAGAUUACAAAAUGAACUUUCUUCUUUAACUGGCCGACUAAAGGCUUCCAAACAGUUAACACAGAAACUUCAGUCAGACAUUGAGAAACUCCAGAAAGAAAAAGAUGAACAGGAAGAAGUGGUAAAAGCCCAGAUGAAAGUGAAUUCAGCCGCUGACUCCCAGGAAAUGAAGAACCUUGAAGCUAAACUGAAGUCCACAAGCAAUGAGCUAACCCAGCAAACUACCAGAUUAAAAGAGUUAAAGUCUGAUAAAGACAGUCUCCAAGACCAGGUGAAACAUUUACAAGACAAAAUCAAUCAGUUGGAGAGAGAUGUUAGCCAAAAAAGAAAUCUUCUAGAAAAUCAAAAACUUAAACUCAAACAAGCUCAGGAAGCAAACAAAUCAGAUGCUGAUGCUAUGGAAGAGUUGGACACUAAAGUCAAGUUGUUAACAGAUGCCAACUGCAAGUUAAAAGUACAGAUUGAAUCCCUGAGGAAAAGACUUAGUUUGGUGGUUAGUGAUAAAAAGAAAUAUGAAGACAAGUUUCUGAAAGUCUCAUUAGAACUGGACAGUAAAACCAAACAACUUUUGGAAGCCACAUCUCAACGUCUGGCUCUUGAGUCUGCUCUAUCGGAUCUGGAGAGCUCUGCCAAACAACAGCUUCAUGGCCUGGCAUGUCAAUCUGAAGCUGCUAUUGACACUGCCAGAGACAAACUGAUGACUGCUCAGAGCAGGCUGUCUCAGUUCCACACCGCUUUCAGGCUACUGGCCACUGAGCUGGCCAAAAGGACCAGUCAGGCUCGAACUCAGCUCCAAGCAGCCAAAGCUCAUCAAGAAUCAUUGCUGCGGGACUCUGAUCUCUCAUUGAGAAAAGCUCAGAAUAAGGCUAAAGACAUUUUGAAUUUAAGCCAGUCUGACCUUGAGGACAUCAUGAGUGCUGAUGGAGAUAGUCUUAGCCAGGAAUCUGUGCUUGCAGCAGAGAAAAAACUUGAUAAAAGGUGGUUAAGAAAAUGUGAAAAAAUUUUGAAUAGUGGGGAGGACUUUGUUCAUCCAUUGGUCAAUUUACUGCUACAUAAAGUUGAUGAAAGGACAGAGGUUAUCAUUAAAAUUCCCACAUAGCUUUGAGAUGUUUGCUUUUAAAAUGACAGUGUAAUUAUUGAAUGUAGAAGUUAAUUGACAGUCAGAUCUCAGCAGAUCUCAGAAGUUGGGCUUGAAUGUUUGAUGCUUACAUUUGUUUCCUGAUAAAUAAAUAAUCAUGUCAUUUAUUAAGAGUUAACAAAUAAUCAUGUCAUUUAUUAAGAGUUAACAAAUAAUUAUGUCAUUUAUAGCCAUUUAUAAAAGACUAACAAAUAAAUGACUUGGAGGCGAAUGUUUAGUGGAUAAAGAAAUAUUUACAAUCAUAAUGUGAUAUUUCUCCAGAAACAUGGCCUUCAAUUCUCUGCACUGUACCAUCUUUUUGUUUUUAUUAUUCUCUGCCAUAUUUGUGAAUAAAGAUCGAAUGUGUACAGUGGAAAUUAAAUUGUAUUUUUGGUGACAUUUCAUUUGCAUGGUUUUACUUAUAUUUAUUUUUAUCAAAGGUGUAUGUGAUAUCUAAAAUUUAGAUAAAGCUUGUCACCCUCUGACUACUGGUCUUCAAUCAGCAAGAUAAAAAUAUAGAAAGCAAUUUAUUUUCUGACAAUCCAUUACUUCACAAACACAGAAAUUUGGAGCAUAGAUCAUUGUGCUACAGCAAACAUUCCAUUUCACAUGGUAUUUACAAACUUGGUGUAAGAUGUUAUAAUAGUUGAAUUUAUUUCUUAUGUAUUUGUCUAAGGAAUGCCUUGACCAGACCAGCAUUACAUGAAAACACACUUGUACAGUCCCCAAAACCAUUCUGCAUAAUAAUUAUUUUGUUUAUGGAAUUUAUAUUUUUUUCAUUAAUAACCAAAAAAUCCGUCCAAACUGUGGAAUACUAAAUUUAUAAUACUUUACUUUAUGUAGAUUUAUUGUUUUAUAGUUUCUGAUGUACUAUAAACAUAGAGUGAAACAAUCUUUUUGUGUGUGUGUGUGUAUUUGUGAUUAUUUUAAUGUUUCUGUUAACAGUUCAAACUGUUAUAUCUUUAACAUGCAUAACAAAUUGUGUGUCUAACACAUUGCAAAUUUGUUUUCUUUACAAAUAAACUUUUUUUUUACAGUGCAGAGUGAGA